AUGUUCCCACCACUCAGCCGAAUUGAAAGCCGUAAAACUGGUGGUGUGUCGAGUAUGAAUCUGGUGGUGAUCUACAGUAAGACAUACUGCUCGUAUAGUCAGAAGUUGAAAAAGCUACUAAUUCCAUACCCAAUCAAGGAUCUCAAAAUUGUCGAAUUGGACGAGCAGAAGGAGAUGGAACCAAUGCAGAUGGUUCUCGAGCGUAUAACGGGCCGUUCCACUGUGCCACAGUUAUUUAUUGGCGGCGAUUUUGUGGGCGGUCAUGAUGAGACUCGUGCCAUCGAAGAUCGAGGAGAUCUAAGGAGACUUCUGAAAAGUGCACAAGCGUUAUGA